AUGGUCGGAGUGAAAGCUGCCAUCCCUUCACAGUUUGUGUCGCGCAUGGAGGAUCUCAUGUACGAUUUCAAGUGGGGCUCCGAAAGACCCAAGGAAUACAAGCAGCAAGUCCAUUGGGCAUUGAACCAUCCCCUGAACCAUGACCAUGGUCGUCAGGAGUGUGUCCUUCUGGACGUCACGAAUGACGAGGAGGAGACCCUUCGCAGCAUCACCGGAUCCUACCAGUAA